UCUAGGCGAGCCGAGGAGCGGACGACGCUGCAGGCCUCCUCCACCGCUUCGGCCCCCUCCCCGCUGCCUCUACCCCGAGGUUCUUCCAGAGCAGCAGCAGCAGCGCCCGCGGCGAUGAGCAACGGCGCCGAGGCACGCAGCAUGGAGGAAGACGAGGAGGAGGAGCCGGGGAUUCUGUCGCUGUUGCCGGACUCGCUGCUGCUGCAGAUCCUCUCGCACCUGGAGCCGCAGCACCUGCUGGCUGCCGGGCUUGUGAGCCGGCGCUGGCUCGCCGUGUCGCGAGAUGAGUGGCUCUGGGGACGCCUCUUCCAUCGCUGCUACGGCGUGCAGCCGCAGCGCGAGAACCUCAAGCCCGGCGCCACGUCGUGGCUGUGCGAGUUCCAGCGGGUGUACGAGACGGCGCCCUGCGUGGAGGCUGACGUGCUGAUGGAGCACAUGGACGAGGUGCUGCACGUGGCGUUCUCCCACGACGGCACGCGCUUCACCUCCUGCUCCAAGGACUGCACCAUCAAGCUGUGGAGGUCUGAUGACUGUAACUUGGAGCACACGGAGGACAUGUGCAGCUACGACUGGAAGUACACGCAGUUCAGCCAGUUCAACUCGUGCGACACGCUGCUGCUCGUGUCGGGCGUCAGCGCCUCCCCCUACAACGCCUCCGCUGGCGACGUCCUCGUCUUCAGCCUGGACGACUUCUCGAUGCUGGCGCAGGUGGACACGGAGCCGUACGACAUCUUCGGCUGCUGGCUGGGCCGCGACACCUUCAUGUCGGGCUUCAUCAACCACCACGACAUGUUCUGCCUGCACGUGCAUGGCACGGGCGAAGUGGACACGGGCGGAAACGUUCACGCGGGUGGUCCUCUCCCCGUGUGGCUCCGCUCCGCUCCCCAGAACCAGAACCAGCAGGGCCACCGGCUCUUCAAGUUCGCGUGCUCCAACGGUUCCUACCCCCGCAUGCUCAUGGUGGCCACCCCCGGCGAGGGGCAGCCGAAGCCGCCGCCCCCGUCCGGCGGCCCCGCCGCCUCCGCCGCCAAGGGCCCCUCGGCCUCCUCCGGGCGCCCGUCCUGGCUGCUGGGCGGCUCGCUGCUGCGGCGCGACCACUACACCAGCAAGGCGGCGGCGGCGGCCGCGGUGGUGCGCAGGCGCAAGCACCAGCACGCCAUGAGCAACGAGCGCCGGCUGCCGCCGCGGGAGAGGUUCCUGGUGUACGGCACGGGCGACCUGACCUACGCCUCGCACCAGAUCGGAGUCAAGCAAAUCCCGACGCAGCCGCACGAGUACGUGAAGCGGGUGGACGGACACCACGCGCCCGACCACAUGCUGGAGCUGCACGGGCAGAUCAUCGGCAUGGCGCUGUCUCCGGACCACAGGUUCCUGUACGUGAACUGCCGCGCGUGGCCGGCGGGCUGCGUGGUGACGGAGCCCACGGAGCCGCCCGCCAUCUCGCGGGACAUCGACACGCGCGAACUCGAGCUGCCCACGCUGCGGCCCACGGGGCGCUCCUUCCGCGGACACCACGCGUUCACCGCCGAGCACAACUGCUUCUUCAUCUUCCUCAACAGCAGCGAGGACUUCCUCGCCAGCGGGGCGGAGGACCACCACGGCUACGUGUGGGAGCGCCACUACGCCGCGCUGCUGGGCCGCCUGCCGCACAGCGACGUGGUGAACUGCGUCGCGUUCAACCCGGCCGACCAGGAGAUGCUCAUCUCGGCCAGCGACGACCGCAACAUCAAGGUGUGGCGCAGCCGGCGGGCCAUGCGCCGCCUGCGGCUGCAGCAACAGCAGGAGCUGGCGGUGCAGUCGUAGCGGGAGACGCGGGGGGGGUGGGGCGGGGGUUGCGUGGGGGGUGGGAUUCGGGCGGCGACUAGAGGGAACGGGAGUGACCGCGCGAGGCAGCGGGUUGACGCGCGCUGGCUGUGACGGUGAUGGUAAUGAGGGGGGGGGGGAGACGAGGACUAGGUCGACAACUCUAGCAGCAAGUGCUCGUGGUGGUGACAAUGGCAGCAGCAGCGGCUGGAGCUGCAGUGGCUGCUUCGGUAGCGAUCGCAGCGGUAGAAGUGGUGGAAGCGGCUGAACCUUCAGUUGCAACAGGUGCACCAAUACCACGAACGAUGUCAGUAGGUAUGGUCACACCAGCGCUGUUGGCAUCGUGAGCAUGAACAAUUCGUUGUGGCAGGAGGGGGCCGCAUCAGAAGCUGUGAAAGCGGCCAGAUGAGCAGCAGCCAGGAUUUUACAAGAGGAUCACUGGCAGCAGCAGGAGCUUCAUCUGCAGAUGAUGACCACAGUUGAAGCAGAUGAUGACCACAGUUGACGCGGGCGCUACAUUAGAAUCUGCCGCAGAAGUGACCGCAAACGGUGACAAGCGCAGCACUGGGAACCGCUGUCACGGCUGCGUUGCAACACCGCAGGUGCUGUACCGGGGAGGGGUUGUAGCAGCCGUGAUUUGCGAGAGCAAUAAUGGGAGCGUCGUAAAGAGUCGCACCGCUGCUGCGGUGAUUUCCUGCGGCGAUUUCCUGCGGCAACGUCCGCGACAGCAACACAGCACGAACAGCAGAGGCCCUUUAAUAACAGCUGCAAGAGCAUCCAUGGCAACGGCAUCACGGGUUUGGAUGUGAAGCUCAACGGCGAGUGGCAUCAUUCCUCCCGCACGCGCGCGUCCGUUCGUUUGCAUUUCCGCCCGAGCGGGGUUUCUUUUUUGCCAGUCGUGUGAAGCUGAGGUGGAAAACGGCGACAUUCUCUUGCACGUAACCUCUUGGUCGCUCUCUUUCGACGUUGCACUACGCCGACGUUACGCGGUGCAACUUUUAGCCCCUUUUUCCCCACCGGCACAUCCGAGCCAAGGCACCAAGUUUGUGACGUUUGUUACGGCACAGCUGCCGAUUGUUGUUGUUGUAUUUUUACACACAAAUAAUUCUUUAUAUGAAGAAGCUUCGUUCUCUUAGUUGAAAACUGUUUUUGCAUUUUUAAGAAGCAAACGACGAAUAUUUCACGUCUAAGUUUAUUCCUUUAUUAAUUUUUUUGUCACGUGGUGGGGGGGUGGGGGCUGCCUUAUGCAAUGGAAAAGGCGGCGGUAAGCGAGGGGGUUACACAUGUAACCACAGAAUUGUGUCGUGCAAUUGUUUUAACCUUUUUGUUAAUUAUUUUUUGGCGCGCCAAACCUUUAUUGCCGCGCAUGGCUGUGUGCACGAGCGCACCGUUCUGAAGGCACCAUCGGCACGAGGCGAGGUUUAUCGAGCGUUUGAGGGAAAGUGACGUUUUAACAGGAGUUGCUGUCAUGUAAUUGCCGUGAGCUCGUUACCGACGCUCCCAUAUUUGCUCCCCGUGUAAAGUCUGCCUGGCUCGCGUGGUGGCACGCCGCUAUACCCUCACACUCAGCAGGCAGGCAGGCAGGUCACGGGUCAGCUCAGACCAGCCGUCGUCUCAAUGAACGCCAUGCAAGGACGAUCCCGUGCAAAUCCACGUGGGCAAUGGGAUUUUCUGCUCAAUGCCCGGCUCGAGAAUAGCCAAGGGAAAUCGGCACCUCCGGCGCUUGACUUUUGCGUGUAAUGGUAGAUCACAGUCGCUCAGUGUUGCCCCUUUAACGAUUUUGUUUUAGCAUUUUAAAAUUAAUUCAGAGGGAAUUUAUCACUUCGGCAGCUUGGGCAGCAUGCAAGGGCCCCACGAUUCUACGUCGGUCAUUCGCGGUUGACGCCAAAUGCAUCUCGGAUUUAAAGAAAACGAUCGACGGGUUUAUUCGGCCACAAAUCUUGUGGCGAUGGCACGUUCGGCGUGAAGUUGAAGGUGAGCGCAGGCCAACGUGUCGCCACUCCCGCUGGGGUGACGGUGAGGCGCUGUCCACCCCCCCCUACACCCCCCAGCGCUCGGGUACGGGGGGAAGUCAACCGUGGAUGUUGACGAUGAUUUGAGGGCAAACUGGAAUCUUCACCACUGGCUCAGGGCCACCGAUGGGGGUGAUUGAUGCCACUACCACCACCUCACGCCUAUUUAUUUUAUUGUACCAGGUAAGGCCCAUUUUGAGCUGACCACAAAUGACAGCUCAACGAAGUGGCUUAUCGCGUGGAAAUGCACAGCAGCCAAAUACUCUUAAUGCAUGUUUCUAAAUGUGGAGGGAAAAACCGGAGAACCCUGAGAAAAAUGCACGCGACCACGGGGGAGAGAGAGAGAGAGAGACAUGUAAACUCCAUAUAUACAGCAGGUGUCAGCGUCGGGAUCGAACCCGCGACCUCCUGUAUACCAGGCGCGGGCGAGAACAUCUCGCCACGGCAGUGCCAAGCUGGGAGAUGACACGUGGGUGUGUUUAUAUGUGUGCCCACGAAUGUUUGUGAUGGCAUCUCGUCUAGUUUUCCUUAAUUUUACAAAUGCAUAUCAUUCUUUACGAUAUUCAUGUUUUUGUUAUUUUCUAAUAAAAGAAAAUAUUCCCAAA